GCCGUUUUGUUUAUUUUUGAUUGUACAAUUUCAAUAAAGUAAAUAACGCAUUGCUUAGAUGGUGGAGCUAAAGAAAGGCGAGUCCCUUAUCGAGGCUAAUGUCUGGGACCCAGGAGACAGCAAGGAAUGGGCGACACCCAUCAAGCCGCUGGAGGAAAAGUGGAAGUUACUGCCGGCGUUCCUACAGGUGAAGGGCCUCGUCAGGCAGCACAUUGACUCCUUCAAUCACUUUAUCAAUGUGGACAUCAAGAAGAUAGUGCGUGCCAACGAGCUCGUCACCAGCGGAGCCGACCCCCUCUUCUACCUGAAGUACUUGGAUGUGCGGGUGGGCAAGCCCGACAUCGACGAUGGCUACAACAUAACCAAGGCGACCACGCCGCACGAGUGCCGCCUGAGGGACACCACCUACUCGUCGCCCAUUACCGUGGACAUUGAGUACACUCGCGGCACGCAGCGCAUCAAGAGGAACAACCUGCUCAUCGGCAGGAUGCCGCUCAUGUUGAGGUGCUCCAAUUGCGUGCUGACCGGCAAGUCGGAAUUUGAAUUGUCCAAACUGAACGAGUGUCCGCUGGAUCCGGGCGGUUACUUUGUGGUGCGUGGCCAGGAGAAGGUGAUACUCAUCCAGGAGCAGUUGUCGUGGAACAAAAUGUUAACCGAGGACUUCAACGGCGUCGUCCAGUGCCAGGUGACGUCCUCCACCCACGAGAAGAAGUCCCGAACUCUGGUGCUGAGCAAGCACGGACGCUACUACAUGAAACACAACUCCAUGACGGACGAUAUACCCAUUGUGGUCAUCUUCAAGGCGUUGGGCAUUGUCUCCGACCAGGAAAUUAUGGCGCACAUUGGCAUAGACGCAAAGUCACAGAAUCGUUUCGGUGCCUCCCUGCUGGAGGCCUUCAACUUGAAGGUUUAUACCCAGCAGCGGGCUCUGGACUACAUGGGCUCCAAGCUGGUGGUGAAGCGCUUCCAGAGCGCCACCACAAAGACACCCGCAGAAGAGGCGCGUGAGCUGCUGCUCACCACGAUCCUUGCGCACGUUCCCGUGGACAACUUCAACUUCCAAAUGAAGGCCAUCUACGUGUCCAUGAUGGUGCGACGCGUGAUGGCCGCCGAGCUGGACAAGACGCUCUUCGACGAUCGCGACUAUUAUGGCAACAAGCGUUUGGAGCUGGCUGGCUCCCUCAUUUCGCUGAUGUUCGAGGAUCUGUUCAAGCGCAUGAACUGGGAGCUGAAAAUGAUUGCGGACAAGAACAUACCCAAGGUGAAGGCGGCGCAGUUCGAUGUGGUGAAGCAUAUGAGGGCGGCACAGAUUACCGCCGGCCUGGAGUCGGCCAUCAGCUCGGGCAACUGGACCAUCAAGCGCUUCAAAAUGGAGCGAGCUGGCGUCACCCAGGUGCUGUCGCGCCUCAGCUAUAUCUCCGCUCUGGGCAUGAUGACGCGGGUGAAUUCGCAGUUCGAGAAGACGAGGAAGGUGUCCGGUCCCAGAUCGUUGCAGCCGAGUCAGUGGGGCAUGCUCUGUCCGUCGGACACGCCUGAGGGCGAGGCCUGUGGCUUGGUCAAGAAUCUGGCACUGAUGACGCACAUCACGACGGAGGUGGAGGAGCGUCCGGUGAUGAUUUUGGCAUUCAACGCCGGUGUCGAGGACAUACGGGAAGUGAGCGGCAAUCCCAUCAACAAUCCGUAUGUCUAUCUGGUGUUCAUCAACGGCAAUGUGCUCGGCCUCACGCUGAAUCACAAGCAUUUGGUGCGGAAUCUUCGCUACAUGCGCAGGAAAGGCCGCAUGGGCAGCUUUGUGUCCGUGCACACAUCCUACACCCAGCGGUGCAUCUACAUACACACCGAUGGCGGACGCCUGUGUCGUCCGUACAUCAUUGUGGAGAAUCGCCGUCCGCGGGUUAAACAAUUCCAUCUAGACGACCUGGAGCGGGGCGUGCGCAAGUUUGACGAUUUCCUCUUGGAUGGCCUCAUCGAGUAUCUGGAUGUGAACGAGGAGAACGACUCGUUUAUUGCGUGGAACGAGGAGCACAUAGAGGAGGGCACCACCCACCUGGAGAUUGAGCCAUUCACGCUGCUGGGCGUGUGUGCGGGACUUGUGCCUUAUCCGCAUCAUAACCAGAGCCCCAGGAACACCUAUCAAUGCGCCAUGGGCAAGCAGGCCAUGGGCAUGAUUGGCUACAAUCAAAAGAAUCGCAUCGACUCGCUGAUGUACAACCUGGUCUAUCCCCAGGCGCCAAUGGUCAAGACCAAGACCAUUGAGCUGACAAACUUUGACAAGCUGCCGGCCGGACAGAACGCCACUGUGGCCGUGAUGAGUUACUCGGGCUACGACAUCGAGGAUGCGUUGAUCCUGAACAAGGCCUCCAUUGAUCGGGGCUAUGGACGCUGUCUGGUGUACAAGAAUUCCAAGUGCACGGUGAAGCGUUAUGCCAACCAGACCUUUGACCGGAUCAUGGGUCCCGUGAAGGAUGCCCUCACCAACAAGGUGAUCUUCAAGCACGAUGUCCUGGACACGGACGGCAUUGUGGCACCGGGCGAGCAGAUCCAAAACAAGCAGAUUAUGAUCAACAAGGAGAUGCCGGCGGUGACGUCGCUCAAUCCAUUGGAGGGUCAGUCGACCCAGGUGCCCUACACAGCGGUGCCCAUCAGCUACAAGGGGCCCGAGCCCAGCUAUGUCGAGCGGGUGAUGGUCUCUGCCAACUCGGAAGAGGACUUCCUCAUCAAGAUCCUUCUGCGACAGACGCGCAUCCCGGAGAUUGGGGACAAGUUCAGCUCGCGGCACGGACAGAAGGGUGUGACGGGGCUCAUUGUGGACCAGGAGGACAUGCCCUACAAUGAUUCUGGAAUUUGUCCGGACAUGAUCAUGAACCCCCACGGCUUCCCCUCCCGCAUGACAGUGGGCAAGACGCUGGAACUGCUCGGCGGCAAGGCCGGAGUACUCGAGGGCAAGUUCCACUACGGCACGGCAUUUGGCGGCUCAAAGGUGGGCGACAUUCAGGCGGAGCUGGAGCGGCACGGCUUCAACUACAUGGGCAAGGACUUCUUCUACUCGGGCAUCACUGGAGCUCCCCUGCAGGCGUACAUCUACUCCGGCCCGGUCUACUAUCAGAAGCUGAAGCACAUGGUCCAGGACAAAAUGCACGCCAGGGCGAGGGGUCCCAAGGCCGUGCUCACACGACAGCCCACCCAGGGCAGGAGUAGGGAAGGCGGCCUGCGCCUUGGCGAAAUGGAGCGCGACUGCCUCAUCUCGUACGGCGCCAGCAUGCUGAUUAUGGAGCGUCUAAUGAUUUCGUCAGACGCCUUUGAGGUGGAUGUGUGUCGCACCUGUGGCCGCCUGGCCUACUGCUCCUGGUGCCACUUCUGUCAGUCGUCGGCUCACGUCUCCAAGAUAUCCAUGCCGUAUGCCUGCAAGCUGCUCUUCCAGGAGCUGACCAGCAUGAAUGUGGUGCCCAAGAUGAUACUGGAGGACUACUAACAGAUGGACGCUGAAUUUAUGUAUAAAUAAAAUGUUUUUGUCCUCUUUGGCUGCAAUGAGUACAGAAAA